AUUAGAAGCGACCAUUUUAAACGAGGCCAAAACACAAGCCGUGAUAGUCCACAGUAUCUACAAAUAAGCAUUGAAAAAGCUCGGAUUCCUUCGAAAAGGGAUAUCUGAUAAGAUGUCUUCUACAUCAGAUGAUAGUUCAACCCCAAUGCUGCCUGAAGAUUCUCCAGGAAGUUCUAUCUCUAGCAGGCUACAGGAUGAAUAUGAUGAACUUUUAAAAUAUGCUGUAGUGGUUCCCAAAUUUGACCCCAGCACUCUUCCACAAACACUUGCAGACAUCAGAGAAUCAUUUCCCCAGAGAAGGGAAAUGCCUACUAUCCCAGAAAGACAUGUUACUAUUUCUGCAGAGGAGAGUUCACCAGGUGAAUCAGUUGAAGAGGAAGAGAGAAUCGAGGAUAGGAAUAGCUCCUCUCCAACAGGCAGAGUGCAGCAGCCAUAUGUUGACCCCAGUCAGCAAGGUCAAAGGGCACCAUCUAGGUCACAUGUGUCAGCACAGCUGCAAACCCCCAGUAAAAUGGCUGGACUCGGUGGACAGGCCCCGCUGACCCCAGAGAGUGAGUCUUCCACCCUGAGUGCCAGUCCAGGGGAGAGUUCACCUGAAAGUCAGCCUGCUUACUCCCCCACUGUGGACCCAGAUGUUGGCAGGAUGGAGCAGUACCUUGAUGUGUGGUGUGGGGACUUGAAAAGAAAUGUCUUGAAUGAACUAAGUAGAAUGAAGAUCAAAACCAUUGAACAUGGACGCCAGCAACUGCAGAGAGAAAAAGAAAAGCAUGCAUUGGAGGUGAACCAGCUCCAGAAUGAAAUGGAGGGACUGAAAGAACUUCUUAAUACAUAUGAACAGUCAAUACAGAGGAAGGAUGAAGUGAUCUCAAACCUCACCAGAGGGCUUCAGAAACAGAAGGAAAAGUUUGAAAUGCUAAAGACAUUUUGUGACUGGAAAAUCCGACAUAGUGAGCAGAUGAGAGAGAAAUUUGCUACCAACCUGGCCAGGAAGCACUACCACAGGACCCUGUCACAGAAAGUGUGGGCUUCCUGGCACGCCAUCAUAGAAGCCAAGUGGAGACAAAGAGUAGAGAAAGCCUGUCAGGCUAAAGCACAGGAAGUCUGUAUAGCUCUAACCAAUGACUACGAGACAAAGUUAGCCUCGCUGAAUGAAGCACUGGAUGCAGCCAGAACAGAAGUCGGCCAGCUGCAUGCUGAGAGGGAAAAGUACGAGGAGACAAUGAAGAAGGCCUUCAUGAGGGGAGUGUGCGCCUUGAAUUUGGAAGCCAUGUCAAUGUUCCAUGAAGGAGAAGAUGGAAAUGGCCAGGGUGAUGGUCAGAGUGAUGGUGGAUCCCCAGGGGAUGGGGGCAGUGGUGGUGGUGGUUUGGUCAUACCCCAGGAACCUGUAUACAGCACUGAGAGCCAGCAGAGGUUGCCCUCCCAUCUCACAUCUACGUCAGCACCAGCCCAGCCUAGAGUGGUCACAAGUCAGGCUGCAAUCUCACACUCUUAUGUUGCGCAGACAGCAAGACCACAGAUGUCCAAGCAGGUCAGACCUACGUCCAGUCUAAAGGGUAAAACAGUGACUGCAACAGUCUCAGCAAGGCCGGACGUGUUAAGGAGAGGUGACCGCAUAGGUGGUGAAAUACCCACUAUGGGGUUAGCGCCACCUAUGAGUUCAGUUUUAGUAGAAAGACAUCAACCUGUAGUGAAACAAACAAUUGGCCAUGCCACCGCCAUGCAGUACCCAAGAUCAGGUCAGCCAUUACAGAGACCUGGUCCCACACAGCCCAGGAUAGUUCAGAGGAAGAUAGCUGGACAGACAGGCCCAGUACACUUAGGGUCUCCCAAUGUACACACAGUCAAAGUGGUGGAGUGAUUGGUGCUCUUUUGAAAUGUUGAUUUUAUUUCACAAAUUAAUGUAUUUCAUAAUUGGAAUGAAAUGGUGAUAUUUUAGGAAUAACAUUUUUAACCUCAUUGGAUGUAAGUUCAUUCUAUCAAUAUAUAUGUUAAAAUAUGGAAGUGUUUUAUGGCUAGUAUGGAUUUUUAUCAUCUCAGAUAUGAUCUUAUCUUGUAUUUUAAAUAGUCUCAUGAUUUUUAAAAACAUGUAUGACAACUGAACUUGCUUAACUGGUGGUGUUGUAAAAAGUUAAAAUGUUGUUAGUGUUUAUUAUACUCAAAAAAAAGUGAACAUUAUUUUGAACAAUAAGGCAAAGGAAUAAAUCACUUCUUGUUA